CCAGCCCACCUGUGCUGUUUGACAACCUGUUGAAGUGCGAACGUUCGGUUGAGCGUCACCGCGUGUUCGACGUGACGCUUCGACUGCGCCAAAGCCAAGGUCGACAUCUGGCGCAGCCGCACACACUGCGCCUUCAGGCGAGUCUUCCGCCGUCGCUGUUCGGCGCUGGGCGGUGCUGAAAUCACACCGCUGGCUUCUCCUCCUCCUCCCCAUGUCUCCCUCCUCCUCCUCCUCCGCCCCCCUCCCUCCCGCCACAGCGCCGCCGACACUUGCAGCCAUUUUACGCAGGACGAAUCCAAUCAUGUCGUGAGAGAAGCUCGCCGCUCACCUGAGCCAACAUCCGCCGCCGCCAACCGGUGGUCGCACACGGGCGGGCGAGCAGGGAGGUCCGGCCAACAUGGUGAAGAGGAAGAGCUUGGAUGACAACGAGCCCGAGUGCGGGAAAGGAAUACCGUUCCCCAUCCAGACCUUCCUGUGGCGGCAGACCAGUGCAUUUUUGCGCCCCAAGCUGGGAAAGCAGUAUGAAGCAUCGUGCGUGUCCUUUGAGCGGGUGCUGGUGGAGAAUAAGCUCCACGGCUUGUCACCGGCCCUGUCGGAAGCCAUCCAGAGCAUCUCUCGCUGGGAGCUGGUCCAGGCCGCCUUGCCGCACGUUCUCCACUGCACCUCGAUUUUGCUGUCCAACAGGAACAAACUGGGUCAUCAGGACAAACUGGGCGUGGCCGAGACCAAGCUGCUGCACACGCUGCACUGGAUGCUGCUGGAUGCCGCCCAAGAGUGCAACCACGAGCCCAGCUUGGGCCACGGCUGGUCGGCCGGCGGCGGCGCCGCCUUCCUUCAGCCCGUGGGAAACCAGGGCUCUUCUCCAGGUGCGCCCGGCUCCUGCGCCGGGUCCGGCUUAGGGGGCUCCGGCCCGCAGCACAGCGGGUCCCUGCUGGAGGAGGAUGAACACGCUCGCACCAAGCUGUUCUACAAGAGCAUGGCCACCGUGGAGCUGUUUGUGUUCCUUUUUGCUCCCCUCAUUCACCGCAUCAAGGAAUCAGACUUGACUUUCCGCCUGGCCAGCGGUCUGAUUAUCUGGCAACCCAUGUGGGAGCACCGCCAGCCUGACAUCCCCGCCUUCACUGCCCUCAUCAAACCAGUCCGGAACAUCAUAACGGCAAAGAGGAACUCCCCAGUGAUCAACCAGUGCAGCCCCUGUGGGACCGGAAACCCUGGUCCCAUGGGCUUUCAGGUGGUUUGUGAGGCCGGCCAGUCCGACUCCUCCUCCUCCUCGGCCGCGGGAGAGCACAGCUGUCGCCGUGGUAACUCGGUAGAGAAAGGCGGACCUUCCCAGCAACCCCCGCCGGUCAAAGGCCCGUCCAAGAAAAAGACGUCUGCUCCUACCGGUGUGCCAGCAUCCCUGUCUCAGCGUGCCCGCUAUGCCACCUACUUUGAUGUUGCCGUGCUGCGUUGCCUUCUGCAGCCUCACUGGACAGAGGAGGGGGUGCACUGGGCCUUGAUGUACUACCUCCAACGCCUGAGACAGAUUCUGGAGGAGAGGCCGGAACGAGCUCCGGAACCGCUGGUUGCUCCUCUGCCGCGUCCGCGCAGCAGCUCUAUGGUGGCCGCCACCCCCUCACUGGUCAACACCCAUAAAACCCAGGACAUGAGUCUGAAAUGCAAUGAGGAGGGCAAAUCUCUGAGCACUGAGACAUUCACAAAGGUUUCCCUGACCAACCUUCGUCGCCAAGCGGUGCCUGAUCUUUCGUCUGAUCUUGGCAUGAACAUCUUCAAGAAGUUUAAGAACCGGCGUGAGGAUCGGGAGAGAAAGGGAUCCAUCCCCUUCCAUCACACAGGCAAGAAACGCCAGCGUCGUAUGGGCGUCCCCUUCCUGCUCCAUGAGGACCACUUGGAUGUCUCUCCCACCCGCAGCGCCUUCUCCUUUGGGAGCUUCUCCGGCCUGGGCGAUGAUCGGCGUGCUCUGGACCGUGGGGGGUGGCAGGCCACAAUCAUGGGUAAAUUCACGCGUCGGGGAAGCACAGACACAGCCGCAGAUGCCGACAGUCUGAGCGCCAAGCACUCGCAUUCCCACCACUCGUUGCUCAGAGACAUGCCCGACCACUCCAACAGCCACAGCGACAACACCGUCAAAGAGGUUCGAUCCCAGAUCUCCACCAUCACCAUGGCGGCGUUCAACACAACCGUGGCGUCUUUUAACGUAGGCUACGCCGACUUCUUCACCGAGCAUAUGAAGAGGCUUUGCAACCCCGUGGUGGUCCCUGAGAUGCCCGUGGAGCCACUGGCCUGUGCCAACCUUCCUCGCAGCCUGACCGACUCCUGUAUCAACUACUCCUGCCAGGAGGAAGGCGAGAACAUUGAGGGCACCAAUAACUUCGUGCUGAAGAAUGGCAUGUUGGACCUCACAGCUGUGCUGCGCGCCCUCUACGCUGUCCUCAGCCACGACAUCAGCUCCAGAAUCUGCGACGUGGCGCUCAACAUCAUCGACUGCCUGCUGCAGCUGGGCAUGGUGCCUGGGAUGGGCAAAAAGCUGUCCAAGCCUGACAACAAGGAGAACGAGGAGACGCGAGUCAAGGACACCGUGGGACAGGGCCUCGGAGGAGGAGGCGGGGGAGAUGGCGGCGGUGGCGGUGGAGGAGGAGGAGGAGGCAGCGGUGGAGGAAGCGGGCAAGGGAGCAAGGAUGACGUGAAGAAUAACAAGGACAAUGAUAAAAAGGAAGAGAGCUCCUGCCUCAGCACCCACCGGCUGGCCCUCACCAUGCUCAUCAAGAUAGUCAAGUCUCUGGGCUGCGCGUACGGAUGUGGCGAGGGACACCGCGGCCUAUCAGGAGAUCGUCUCAGGAUGCAGGCCCAAAACUGCCUGACCAGCCUCUACAAGCUGGACAAGCUGCAGUUUCGCCAGACGAUGCGCGACUACGUCAACAAAGACUCCCUGAAUAAUAUUGUGGACUUUCUUCACGCUCUACUGGGCUUCUGUAUGGAGCCCAUCACCGACAACAAGGCGGGCUUCGGGAACAAUUUCACCACGGGGGACAAUAAGUCAGUGGCACAGAACAUGGAGGCGGUGGUGGUGGGCUGCAUGUUCAAGUCGCUGAUCACCCGCUGCGCCUCCACCACGCAUGAGCUUCACAGCCCUGAGAACCUGGGUCUGUACUGCGACAUCCGCCAGCUGGUGCAGUUCAUCAAGGAGGCGCACGGGAAUGUUUUCCGCCGAGUGGCUCUGAGCGCGCUCCUGGACAGUGCAGAGAAGGUCACAGCCACCAAGAAACCUGAGGAGAAGGAUGAGACCAAACUGCAAGCUCCAAGAAGGUCAGAGGCGGGUGUGUCCGGGGAGAAGGGUCAGGUGUCCAGUGCUGCAGAUGAGUGUCGCAGCUACAUCUCUAGCAGACCCCCCCAGACCCCCGAACACGAGGAGCAGAUCCCAGGAGCUCUGCUGGGCAGGAAAGACUUUUGGAGGAAGAUGUUCAAGUCGCAGAGUGCUGCCAGUGACACCAGCAGCCAGUCUGAACAGGACACCUCAGAGUGCACCACCGCCCACUCCGGGACCACCACGGACCGCCGUUCCCGAUCAAGAUCCCGACGUAUUUCACUUCGCAAGAAACUUAAACUGCCCAUAGGCAAUUGGCUCAAACGUUCCUCUCUCUCCGGACUUACCGACGGCGUGGAGGACCUGUUGGACAUCAGCUCAGUGGAUCGACUCUCCUUCAUACGACAGAGUUCAAAGGUGAAGUUCACCAGCGCCGUCAAGCUGUCGGAAGGAGGCGCCGCGGGGCCGGAGUACGGCAGGGAUGAGGAAGAGAAUUUCUUCAAGCGGCUCGGACCCCACGGUUUCCAGGAGCGCCUCGCUGCCAGCCAAGAGGCAAUGAAAAACAAAAACGUGGUGAACUUGGGUGCGAUCCGACAGGGCAUGAAACGCUUUCAGUUCCUGCUAAACUGCUGCGAGCCGGGGACCAUACCUGACGCGUCCAUCCUCGCCGCGGCUCUGGACCUGGAGGCGCCCAUCGUUGCUCGAGCCUCCCUGUUUCUCGAAUGCGCCCGAUUUGUGCAUCGCUGUAACCGUGGCAACUGGCCAGAGUGGAUGAAGGGCCACCAUGUAAAUAUCACCAAGAGAGGCCUGUCCCGGGGGCGGUCGCCGAUCGUGGGCAACAAAAGGAAUCAGAAGCUCCAGUGGAAUGCAGCGAAACACUUCUGCCAGUGGGGAGAUGCAAUCGGCACGCGGCUGAGUGAACUGUGCCACUGCGACAGCGAGAGUCCUGCCAACAUUCUUGGGUACAUCUACGAUGAGGAGACUAAACGAAGGAUGAGAAAGGAGGAUGAAGAAGAGGACUACUUAGAUGACAACACGGUCAAUCCAACAAAAUGUGGCUGCCCGUUUGCUCUGAAGAUGGCCGCAUGCCAGCUGCUGUUGGAAAUCACCACCUUUCUGAGAGAGACCUUUCCUUGCUUGCCUCGACCACGCACGGAGCCGCUUGUGGAUUUAGACAGCUGCCGCCUGCGGCUGGACCCCGAGCUCGGUCGACAUCGCUACGAGAGGAAGAUCAGCUUUGCGGGUAUCCUGGACGAUGAGGACGGUCAUGACUCGCUGAACAGUAGCAGCCACACUCUGAAGUCCGACACCACGGGUGAUGACAAGAAGACCCCGGAGGGCACUGUGCCUGUUCGGAAGAUUCGUAUUGGAGGCUCACGGUUGCUACAGAUCAAAGGCGCUCGCAGUUUCCGUGUAAAAAAGGGCGGGUCUUUGUCUUCCAUUCGGAGGGCGGGGAGCCUGAAGAGCACCAAGAUGUCCCGACAGGAUUCCGAGUCAGAAAACGAAGAGGGGAUCCUUUCGCAAACAAACAGCAGGGAUACUGUCACGGAUAUUGGUAGUCCCUGCAGUACCAGCGAACCCAGUAUCGAGCCCGAGGGCCAAAGCGGGAGCGGAGCAGAAGACAACUACCACCGCAACAUGUCAUGGCUCCACAUCAUGAUCCUGCUGUGCAACCAGCAGAGCUUCAUCUGCACCCACGUUGACUUCUGCCACCCGCGCUGCUACCAGCACCACAGCCGCUCCUGCGCCCGGCUGGUCCGCGCCAUCAAGCUCGUGUACGGCGAGACGGUGGACAGCCUGAGGGAGGACAGCGCCACCGCUGCGGGCAUCAUCGGCACCCGUGCACAGAAAAACAAAGAGUGUUCUGACAAGUCGUGCCUGAGGACACCCUCCAUGAAGAGGAGACCCACUGACGGCAUCGUUGAAGGGAAGAAGGACACGGGAAUGUUAAAGUACAUCAGAAACCAGGUGAUGAGCUUGUCACCCGCCCCUCUCUCUCUGCUCAUCAAAGCCGCCCCCAUCUUGACCGACGACAUGUACGGAGACAUCCAGCCUGCAGCCUGGGAGCUUCUUCUCAGCGUGGACGAACACAUGGCGGCUGCUGCAGCGGCGAUGUUCCUGCUGUGUGCGGUAAAGGUCCCAGACGCAGUGACCGAAAUGAUGAUGGCGGAGUUCCAGCACCACGAGGCCUGCCAGCGCAUCAACUCCGUCCUCAAGUUCUAUACGCUGUGGCGAUUCCGCUACCAGGUGUGGCCUCGCAUGGAGGAAGGAGCCCAGCAGAUCUUCAAAAUUCCCCCGCCCAGUAUAAACUUCACCCUGCCAUCUCCCAUACUGGGCAUGCCCUGCGUCCCUAUUUUUGACCCCCCAUGGGUUCCCCAGAACACCGGCAGCGUCCAAGACCCAAUCAAUGAAGACCAGUCUAAAUCCUUCUCGGCGCGGGCUGUGUCACGUUCUCACCAGAGAGCUGAGCACAUCCUGAAGAACCUGCAACAGGAGGAGGAAAAGCGGCGUCUGGGGCGUGAGGCCAGCAUCAUCACGGCCAUCCCUGUGGCCCAAGAGGCGUGCUACGAGCCCACUUGCAGCCCUCCACCUGAGCAAGAGGAGGAAGCAGAAGAAGUGGUGAACCUGGCAUCCCGCCGUCUGUCUGUCAGUCCAUCCUGCGCCUCCAGUAACUCGCACAGGAACUACUCUUUCCGCCGAGGCUCCAUGUGGUCCGUACGCUCAUUGGCCAGUGCUGAAGAUGAAGAGAACACAACAGAACACACACCCACGCACCACAUGCUGCAACCACCGCAAGCUGUCUUCCCCGCGUGCAUCUGUGCCGCCGUGCUCCCAAUCGUACAUCUGAUGGAGGAUGGGGAGGUUCGAGAGGACGGCGUAGCAGUGAGUGCUGUUGCCCAGCAAAUCUUGUGGAACUGCCUGAUCGAGGAUCCCGCCCUUGUCCUCCGCCACUUCCUGGAGAAACUCACUGUGAGCAACCGGCAGGAUGAGUUGAUGUACAUGCUGAGGAAGCUGCUGCUUAACAUCGGAGACCUUCCGGCGCAAACCUCACACAUCCUCUUCAACUACCUGGUGGGCCUGAUCAUGUAUUUUGUGCGGACACCCUGCGAGUGGGGGAUGGACGCCAUCUCAGCCACGCUCACCUUCCUGUGGGAGGUGGUGGGCUAUGUGGAGGGGCUCUUCUUCAAGGACCUGAAGCAGACUAUGAAGAAAGAGCAGUGUGAGGUCAAGCUGCUGGUCACGGCGUCUAUGCCAGGAACCAAGACGCUGGUGGUGCACGGCCAGAACGAAUGCGACAUCCCAACACAGCUGCCCGUCCAUGAAGACACUCAGUUUGAAGCCCUGCUGAAGGAAUGUCUGGAGUUCUUCAACAUUCCCGAGGCUAGAUCAGCACAUUACUUCCUAAUGGACAAACGCUGGAACCUCAUACAUUAUUCCAAGACAUAUGUAAGGGACAUCUACCCCUUUAGGAGGUCAGUCUCUCCCCAGCUCAACCUUGUCCACAUGCUGCCAGAUAAAGGACAGGAGCUGAUCCAGAAGCAGGUGUUCUCCCGCAAACUAGAGGAGGUUGGCCGUGUGCUCUUCCUCAUUUCCCUCACGCAGCGCAUGCCCGCCGUGCACAAGCAGUCCCACGUCUCACUGCUCCAGGAAGACCUGCUCCGCCUGCCAUCCUUCCCGAGGACCGCCAUCGAUGCCGAGUUCUCUCUGUUUAACGAGGCGCAGGGUAAGGAGCUGUUUGGGUUAGACACCCUCCACAAGGUACUGUGGAUCAAGCUCCUUGAGGAGAUGUUCCUGGGCAUGCCCAGCGAGUACCCGUGGGGUGACGAGAUGAUGCUGUUCCUUAACGUCUUCAACGGGGCGCUGCUGCUGCACCCGGAGGACAGCGCCCUCCUCAGGCAGCACACUGCAACUGCCAUCAACACAGCCGUGCACUUCAACCACCUUUUCUCACUGAGCGGCUAUCAGUGGAUCCUGCCGACCAUGCUGCAGGUUUAUGCCGACUACGAGGGAAACCCUUUACUGAGGCAAGGCAUCGAGUUCUGCUGUCGACAGUUCUACAUCCUCCACCGCAAGCCCUUCAUCCUGCAGCUGUUUGCUAGCGUGGCGCCACUACUAGAAUUUACUACCAGCACCAGUAGCGGCCUUUCAAAGGGAGUGUCAGCCCAAUGUCUGUUCGACCUGCUGGUCUCUCUGGAGGGUGAGACGCAGGAUGCCCUGGAUGCACUAGAGCUGGUCAAGGCAGAGAAACCACUGCGUUCUUUGGAUUUCUGUUAUGGUAAUGAGGACUUAGCCUUUUCUAUCAGUGAAGCCAUAAAACUGUGCGUCACCGUGGUCGCCUACGCACCCGAAUCCUUCAGAAGUCUCCAGAUGCUGAUGGUGCUGGAGGCCCUGGUCCCGUGUUACCUCCAAAAGCUUAAGAGCAACACAGUGACAAUGGAGUCAGCAUCCGCCGCCAGAGACGAGAUCGCAGCCAUUGCCGCGUUGGCCACGUCCCUGCAGGCCUUGCUUUACAGCUCAGAAACCCUGACAAGACCCAUGACGGCGCCGCAGAUGUCCCGCUGUGAUCAAGGCCAUAAAGGAGGCACCACUGCCAACCACGCCAUGUCAGGAGGAGUCAACACAAGGGACAACCUCCACCUGCUGGAGGAGGGUCAGGGCAUGCCGAGGGAGGAGCUGGACGAGCGCAUGGCCAGAGAGGAGUUCCGCCGGCCGCGAGAGUCCCUGCUGAACAUCUGCACCGAAUUCUACAAGCACUGCGGACCGCGUCUGAAGAUCCUGCAGAACGUAGCUGGUGAGCCGCGGGUGACGGCGCUGGAGCUGCUUGACAUCAAGUCCCACAUGAGACUGGCGGAGAUCGCCCACGCGUUACUCAAGCUGGCACCCUACGACACCCUGACCAUGGAGAGCCGAGGCCUGCGGCGUUACAUCAUGGAGAUGCUGCCUAUCACCGACUGGUCCUCUGAGGCUGUACGCCCCGCCCUCAUCCUCAUUCUAAAGAGGCUGGACCGCAUGUUCAACAAGAUCCACAAGAUGCCCACGCUCAGGAGACAGGUGGAGUGGGAGGCGGCCAGCAGCCUGAUCGAGGGCAUUUGUCUGACUCUGCAGCGGCAGCCGAUCAUCUCCUUCCUCCCUCACCUUCGCUCGCUCAUCAACGUCUGCGUCAACCUGGUGAUGGGCGUGGUCGGCCCAUCCAGUGUUGCAGACGGCUUACCUCUACUCCACCUCAGCCCUUACCUCUCCCCGCCACUCCCCUUCAGUACCGCCGUGGUCCGGUUGGUCGCCUUACAAAUCCAGGCCUUGAAGGAAGACUUCCCCCUCAGCCACGUGAUCUCACCAUUCACCAAUCAGGAGAGGAGAGAGGGGAUGCUGCUGAACUUGCUCAUUCCCUUUGUGCUAACUGUUGGGUCUGGAAGCAAAGACAGCCCCCACCUUGAGCAGCCGGAGAUCUUCUUGCUGCUGCAGACGGUCAUCAACAUUCUCCUUCCGCCACGUAUCAUCUCCACAUCCCGCACCAAGAACUUCAUGCUGGAUGCGUCACCAGCUCACUGCUCCACCCCCGGCGAUACUGGGAAGGACCUGCGCAGAGAAGGGUUGGCUGAGUCCACCAGCCAGGCGGCAUAUCUGGCUCUAAAGGUGGUGCUGGUGUGCUUCGAGCGCCCUCUGGGGAACCAGUGGUAUCGUCUGAGUCUGCAGGUGAAAGAGAUGGCCCUCAGGAAGGUGGGGGGCCUGGCUUUCUGGGACUUCAUUGACUUCAUUGUGCGCACCCGCAUCCCCAUCUUUGUCUUGCUGAGGCCCUUCAUUCAGUGCAAGUUGUUGACACAGCCAGCCGAUUCCCAGGAGGAGAUCACAGCACGCCACCACAUCGCCGACCAGCUCGAGCGACGCUUCAUCCCUCGACCUCUCUGCAAGAGCUCUUUGUUUGCUGAGUUCAACAAUGAGCUCAAGAUCCUUAAAGAGGCGGUCCACAGCGGCUCCGCUUACCAGGGCAAGACGUCCAUCAGCACAGUGGGCACCUCCACGUCAGCCUACCGCCUAAGUUUGGCCACAAUGUCGCGCUCCAACACGGGCACCGGCACAGUUUGGGAGCAGGACAGCCAGCCGUCCCGCCAGCCAUCCCAGGACACCCUCAGCCGCACCGAUGAGGACGACGAAGAGAACGACUCCAUUAGUAUUCCCAGUGUGGUGAGUGAGCAUGAGGCGUUCCUGCCCAGGGUGAUAACGGAGCGCCGCUUCUCCAGCCACGCCACUGGCUCAGCCGCUUUGCCCCCAGAGGCCCCCCGUAGCACCAUGCUGCCCAGCCACAGUGAACCCAAUGUGCUAGAUGAGUCCCAGGGCCUUCUGCAGGAGAGUAACCUGUCUAGGGUCGCCAGUGUGCAGAGUGAACCCGGGCAGCAGAACCUACUCAUUCAGCCUCCACUGGGGAGGAAACGAGGCCUCAGGCAGCUGCGGCGCCCCCUCUUGUCCAUUCCAAAGAAUGAACCUCGUGGUCGUUCAGGAGCGCGCCUCUCCACCACGCGCAGGAGCAUCCAGCCCAAGAGCAAACCACUGGGUAACAUACGUGUCUUUGCAAACACAAAUUGCAAGCUGUUAUUUGAGGGAGGCGCAAAAUGCACCAAAUCUGACCCGUGUGCGUGUGCGUCUGUGUGUGCGCGUAAACUUUAUUGGACUGUGAAGGUGAGACGCACCCCUUACCCCUUCCUCUCCACCCCGCAAUGGCCCACCCCAUCUGCAACCUCACCCAGUAGGGCGCUCUGCAUAGAGUUGUGCGCUGUGGACUUGACGUCCAUUUUUGACCGCGCUUGUGUGCCCCUGGCAGCGCAAGGGGACCAAAAGAGGUCCGUCACCUUCACAGAGACACAAGGGCAGCAAGGCAAAACUUUGACCCCCGGCAGUACAGACGCUCCAGUUGAGGGUAGAAAGGCCAGCCCCGUCGCAUCCAAACUCCCCACGCUGGAAGUGCCCUCCGCCUCAUCCGCCACCAUCACCGCCGACCUGCACAGCCCAGCUAAAACACAGGUCCUUCCCACUAUGAGCAUCAAGGAGAAACGAGAGCAGUGGGGCCUCCGCAGCAGCCUCUCCCCUCCCCCGUCCCUCUCCCGCACCUCCACCCCGACACCGCCGCCCCGCGCCUGCUCCCCGCUUCCCCUCUCGCGGACCAGCUCCCCUUUGUCUCGCACUCCUUCGCCUCUUCCUCCGCCCCUGCCCGUGCUGGGCACGGUCCCAGCACCCCUCCUCCCUCCGCCGCCUCCAUCCAGGACCCGAGAGAGCCCCGGGGACGCGGACACCGCCGCGCUGCUGCCGCGCAGCGAUACCCUGCUGCAGCUCGGCGAGGACGAUGGCACGGAGAACCCCCUCCUCACCCCACUCCUGUCUGCCCCCUCGCCGCAGCGCUCCCCUCGCCGCCUCCCCCUUCCCCUCUCCCCUGUCGACUUGGACUUGGAUGAGUCCCACGUGUGAACUCUCUUUAAUGUACAAAAACAGAGCAAAGAAGUGAACGUAUAUUUUAGCAGAGAUGAUUCUAUGGAAUACGUGAUACGAUAUCAAGAGUAGAACUUCUAAAAUGACAUAUUUAUGAGAGUAAACACAGUAGAUAUGCAACACAUGAUUAUUCUUCACUUACCAUUUCACGUAGCGCGUAGUGUUUGUCUCGCAGUGUUAUUUGUGUCGGUUGCAAUGCAGUAGAUUCAGUACCUCGUUGCUCCUUCCAUGCCUUACAAAGACUAUUCUAUUCUAUUCUAUUCUACUGAAGUAAAGUUUUAGAUCUUUCGCGUGACCUCUGAACCAGGAAAGGACUAGGAUGUGCCAUAUAACUCAGCCAACACACUGUGAGUGUCUGUUUGUCUUGUUUGUGUCCUCUCCGUAACGUCGAAUGUUUAUGGCGAGUGUUCGCGCGUUCCUGUUCCGCUUGCUUUCACGGCCAAGCAAUAUUUGUCUUACUUGUACGGGAAAUGCUACCGAGCUCAUACAUGCAUAAAGCGAUGACAUGCCCAUGG